AGGGCUGCUUUUGAGAGAGUGUGUGUGUGUGCCUGAGAAAUGAGAGAGAGAGAGGGAGAGAGAGAGAGAGAGAGGGAGGAGGGUACUGAGCUGAGAGAAAUCUGUCAGAUUCAAACACACUGCUCUGUGUGUGUGUGAUAGAGAGAACGAGAGAUGAGAAGAGAGGAGGAGAGCUGAGGAACAGACAGAAAGAGACAGCAGAGGACCACAAAGUGAGGCCCGUUCACCUAUGGAUCAGCAUUCAUAUCGGAAACCUAAGGGAUUCCAUGAGCACAUCGACCCGACUGACAUCCCCGCAGAGCGCAGCACAUCGACACUGAUGCCGAUGCUCUGCACACAGCUGUAGAACAGCAAGGCCAAGGGGGUCAGAGGUGGAAGGUCACAGACUACAGAGCCGGAGCAGGAACUAAGGUUGAAAGGUGCCAGGAGGCGUGACUGAGAGGCUACAAGAAGAAUCAGAGAUCAGGAAGGAAGGUCUCAGUGACAGAGUCAAGGGUCAAAGAUGAUGACAUCACAUGGAAAGCUAAGGAAGGAGAAGGGGAGUCUGGCCGAGUACGAAUCGCAGAUGAAAGACCUGCGGGCCCAGCUGACAGACCAGAUAAAGAUUUUAGACUCUCAGGUGGAGGUGAAACAACAGCAGCUCUCAGACCUCUCUGAGUUUCUCCGGCGCCGAGGAGACAUUGAGGCUGAAUAUGCGCGCGCCCUCGACAAACUCACCGAGCGGUUCACCCACAAGACUAAGAAGAAGGAGCAGUGGGGUCAGUCUGUGUGUCAGGUCUGGUCUGUUUUGCUGACUCAGACUCGUCUGGAGAGCCGGGAACAUGCAGCACUGGGUGACACCUGCUGCAACACACUCACACAGCGGUUGGCGCACAGCACGGAGGAUACACACCGUCUGCACAAACGAAGCAAAGAAGUUGGCAUCCAGAUGCAAGAUGAGUUGCUUAAGGUCACCACUGAACUGCAGACGGCUCUGAAGACGUACAACCAGUACCACACAGACUGCCUGAUAGCUGAGGGGAAGCUGAAGGAAGCCGAGCGGUUGGAGGAGAGACACACCGGCAAGUCAGCUGAGCUCGGGCCCGGCCAAUCAGGGGGGCAGAGGCGGAGCUCGGUCAAGAAGAUGGAGAGAUUAAUGGAGAAAAGGCAUGGCAGAGUGCAGGAGACCCAGCUGAAGUGUACCAAAGCUCGUAAUGACUACCUGCUGAAUCUAGCAGCAGCCAACGCCGCCAUGAACAAGUACUACCUGCAGGAUAUCAGCACUCUCAUCGACUGCUGUGACUUGGGUUUCCAUCUGUCCGUGGAGAGGGCGAUGAAGUGCUACCUGGCCAGUAGGUGGCGCAUCCAGAAAACAGAGGAGACAGGUCUCAAGCAGCUGGAGGCUGCCGUGACUUCCCUGGACCAGGGCGGAGACAGGGAUGCGUUGCUACAGCAACACGAUGCCGCCUUCUGCCUUCCAUUCAGAUUUAACUACCAUCCACACGAGGGAGACCAGGUGUGUGAGGUGAGCGCGGAGAGCCAGGUGAGGUACGAGCUGGAGACCAGGUUCCAGCAACUUCAGUCUCGACUUGCUGCCGUUACCUUGGAAACAGAGGAGGUCAGUAAAACACUUAAAGCCACGCUCACAGCCCUGCUGGACAAUAUGUGUGAAAGCGACUGUAACCCCUCCCCCGACGUGCCAAGCAGCCUAUCACACGAGCCCCCUGGAGGAAACACCGCCCAAAAACUUACCCUUGCGAAGCGUCGAGCCAAUCAGCAGGAGACAGAGACCUACUAUUUUACAAAAGUGAAGGAGUUCCUCAUCAGCAGUUCUCUGACCUUCAAACUUCAAGCCAAACAUGACAUUCUACACGAUGCCAUACAGAAAGCUGAGGCUGUCGACAGUGACCCUUCCAGAAUGCAAUGUGCUCGGUCAGUGCGUGUACGGAAGUCCAGACCUGUUUCCCAAUUCUGCCACACACUCUUCACCACAGACAUAAUCUCCUACAUACAGAGCUCUGGGCAGCAGAUUCCUGUGGUGGUUGAAAGCUGCAUCCGUUUCAUAAACCUUCACGGCCUCCACCACGAAGGAAUAUUCAGAGUUCCUGGGUCACAGCGGGAGGUUAACCUCAUCAGAGAUGCAUUUGAGAGAGGAGAGGAUCCUCUGUCAGACAGUGAGUGUGACCUGGACUCUGUGGCCGGUGUGUUGAAGCUUUACUUCAGGGGCCUUGAGCCUCCUCUCUUCCCUUACGACAGCUACUCUCAGCUGCUGGAGUGUGUCCAAAUCGAGGGGGUGACAGAGAAAGCUGCCCAGAUUAAAGCAAUUGUCUCCACCUUCCCACGGCCUCUCCUCAUCGUGAUGCGCUACCUGUUCGCCUUCCUCAAUCAUGUGUCUCAGUACAGUGAUGAGAACAUGAUGCAGCCCUACAACCUGGCCGUUUGCUUCGGUCCCAGCCUGCUGAGGGGUUUGGACUCUGAUGACGCUGUUGCUCGGCAGCCACAGGUCAACGAUCUUGUCAAAACCAUGAUCCUCCAACAUGACAUCAUCUACCCCAGCCAGUCAGAACUGCCGGGCCCCGUCUAUGAGAAGCACAUGACUCUGGAGCAGGAGUACUGUGAACCAAUCACAGAGGAAGGAGAUGGAGAGACUGAGCAUCUGCCCAGUGAGGACGAGUGGGAGGCAGUGGCUAUGUUUGACUACACGGCGAGAUCUCCUGCAGAGCUGUCCUUCAAGCAGGGAGAGCUUCUCAUCCUUCACAGCAAGGCCUCCUGUGACUGGUGGAGAGGCGAAGUGGGAGGGGUCAAGGGUCUCAUUCCUCACAAGUACAUCAGCGUGCUGGACGGGUCAGAGCGAGGGAAAAGAGAGGACGGAGGAGGAGGAGGAGGAGGCAGCACUGGAAACCUGACAGCAGAAGAUCCACAGACGGAGAACACAACUCGGAUGCGGGUGAACAGCGACAGUGCUUCAUUGCCUGGGAGACAGAGAGGAAGUGAGGGGAGCCCCAAUCGAAAGCCGCCAACCUCUCCUGCCACACGACACCUGCCAGUGUCUCAGGAGCGAAGACACACUUUGGACACUGUGAGACAGGGCGGCUUCAGACCCCCAGAUAGACCUCCAUUUGGUCAGGCAGACAGACCAGUAGUGGACAAGGAGAUGAUCAGUCGUCAGAUGAACUCAGUGUUCAAAGAGCUCCUGUCUCGCCAGCCUGCCGUGCCGCCGUCCACCCUCAACGCCCCUGCUCCCUCCUCCGCCUCCUCCUCCUCCUCCUCCUCCUCCUCCUCCACUCUUCCUCAAGCUGCCCCCGCUGCCAAAAAAGUAGGAUUUGGCCUCAGAGGAAGGGCCCUUUUCAGACCGGUGGACUGAGAGAGAGGAAAGCCGAUGAGUGGAAUUAUUGAUUUAUUGUUUGACCAUGAUGAUUAUGCUGAUGCAUUUGGUGGAGAUCUUGAUUCAUUUUUUAGACACAUGUAUAAUAUUUGCGUCUCUGCCAUCUCAUAGUGCCACUAGUCUCGGUGCCGUGUUACUGUACGUCCAGUGUGUCUGUUUUCCGGCUGGUUUUGGUCUCUUUAUGUUUUGGUCUAUUUUUGUUCUCCAGGCUUUUGUAAUUUUUUUGGAGAAUCAGGGAUGUGACAUCACGAGACUGACUUUUUAAAAGUAGUUGCCAUAAUACAACAAAAUACUUACACUGCCCCCUAGUGGCAGGUCUGAGGUCAGCCCACCCUUAUAAUGUCUGCUUCAUUUUAAAACAAAUACUGAUCCGGGGCCUGAGUGCCUUCACAUUUUUUACUUGUCACAUUUAUUCACCUGAAUAAAUCUGAUAGGUUUGAACUCUGUGUUCAACAUUAAAUAAGAUGUUAUGAAAUAAAUAAACAUAUGAAGAAA